AUGCCGGGCAAUCAGCAGUUUCACCAGCCACGCGGAUACCACAAGUGUAGUCAGGUUCUUUUACCGCCCGGAAUGCUAGACCUCAGUAAUAAAACGGGUAAUAGUGUUUAUGGUAUGGGCCCGAAAUACUGUGGCCAAGAUUGUACUAGCCAGUACGGGGAGAAAAGCGAAUAUAGCUUCUACGGCACGACUGCCCUCUUCUGCGCUAGAAAGACUGUACCCAACCCUCAGUAUGCCGGGUCGAGCUCCGACAAGCGUACCAUUAGCUACUACGAGGGAUGGAAUUACAAGAGAUCUUAUAGAAACAUAGAGCCCGAGGACAUCCCUCUCGGCUGGUACACACACAUCAACUUUACCUUUGCUCUAAUUAACCCCACGACGUUCCGCAUCGCCCCAAUGGACGAUGGUACAGCCUCCCACUACAAACGCGUUACCGAUCUAAAGAAUAGCCAGCCUAGACUCGAGGCCAUGAACGAUCCUAGGCCCUACCGAACCACAUUCUCGGAUCUAGCCAAGUCAACUACCGCGCAAGAUACCUUCUUCGAGUCCCUGCUUACAUUCAUAAUCAACAACAGCUUCGACGGCGAAUACCCUGUGGCUGAGGAUGGCGGUGGUAUUCCGGAAGAUUUCGACAACUACGUCACAUUCUGCAGACGCCUACGUGAGCGUCUGAACAGCUCGGGGCACAAGUUUGGUAUCUCUAUAACACUAGAUAGCAAAGUCACGUCCAUUAGUCCAUAUGCGUUUGCGCACACCAACAUAACCAAGAUCGACAUGGGCCUGAACCUGCUAUGGCGCAACAACAUGAACCCCGAUCACAUAGUCAUGGGUCUGGGCUUCUAUAGACGCAGCUUCAAGAUAAAGGACGCGGGCUACAUAAGUACAGGCUGCCCUUUCGAGUCUAGUACCGACGGCGGCUUAUGCACAGAUACUCCCGGUGUCCUCUCGGCCGCCGAGAUCCACAACAUUAUUAACAACAAGGGCGCGACCGUGACCUUUAACCCCGACAAUGCGGAGACGCUCAAGAUCAAGAUCGAUCAUACUAACGAGAGAUAUCUUAGAGGAACGAUAGUUUGGGCCAUUAACCUCAACGAUAGCCGCCUCAUCGAGGCCUUGGGCGCCAACAUCAAGCGUAACAAGACCCAGUCGGUGAGCUUUAAGACGGAGUGGGACAUGCAGAGCCGCAACGUGCAGAACUUAAUCGGGUCAGUAUAA